AGUCGUAGUUCGUGUCGGGUAUUGUUUUUAUUUUUAUUAAUUUGUAACAUUUCAUCUGUUAAUUGGUUAAUUGGUCAUUGUUAAAAGUAUUUCAAUAAAAAGAGUGAAAUAUUCUUUGCCGUACGCAUAACCACAGCGGUUCCUUGUGCCAACGAAAGCUAAUUAAAUUACACAAAGACAAAGCAUCUUCUUGUCUGUGUCUACGUCAUUGCUAUUUUCGUACAAAAACAUUCUUUAACAUACAUAAUGGAACAACAGCAAAAACAACAACAGCAAGUGGCGCCUGUGGUGGCUGCAGCAACAGCAGCUCUCGAGGCGGAACAACUGGACAUUGAGGACAGCAUGAAGCAUUGCUUCGAGAACCUCAUUGUCAUUGACGUGGGCGCCAAUUUGACCAACAAAAAGUAUAGCCGUGAUCUGGAUUCGGUUGUCCAAAGGGCAAGAGACGCAGGUGUUCAGAAAUUAAUGGUACACGGCACAUCGGUCAAAUCGAGCAAGGAAGCGCUGCGGCUUUCGCGCAUUUAUCCCGACAUUAUAUACUCGACUGCUGGCAUACAUCCGCACGACUCAAAGUCCAUUGUGGAGGAGCCGUCCACAUGGUUCGACUUUGAGCACAUUGCACAGGCGCAGGAGUGCGUGGCGAUUGGUCCGUGCGGCCUGGACUAUCAGCGCGACUUCUCCGAGCCGGAUGUGCAAAAACAGAUAUUUGCCAAGCAAUUGCACUUGGCAAUACGUCUGAAGAAACCUCUGCUGAUACACGAGCGAUCGGCUCAGCACGAUGUACUCGAAAUACUCGACACAUUCGAGAAUCUACCGCCUGUGAUUAUCAGAGGUUUUAUGGGCACAGCCGAGGAGGCACUCAAGUAUCUGGAUCGCAGAUUCUACAUCAGCUUAACUGGUUAUCUGUGCAAGGACAAGUCAGAUACAGGCGUGCGCCGGCUGCUCGACAAUGGCACCCUGCCAUUGGACAGACUGCUGGUGGAAACCGACGCGCCGUUCAUGUAUCCAAAUACGAGAGCCUCCAAACUGCCACAGCAUGUUAAGAGUGGUAUUACGGAACGCUCAUUGUUGUACUUACACAGAUAUUGCACCUUUCAACGUAAUGAGCCGUGCAGCCUACCGGCAAUUGUGGAAAUGAUUGCUGCCUUCAUGAAGAAAACGCCGGAUGAGGUCGCCCUGGCCACUGCCUUUAAUGCCUUAAAGCUGUUCGGCUUGUCCUAGAUGGUGCCCAGCACUUUAAGCAAUUUAACCAAGCCUGAGAUUCACGACAGACUCACAUAAUGUGCCUUAUAACCUAAUCGAAUUCAGGAUGUGCUAAACCCUGACCCAAAAACACAUACACACACGAGCUAUACCCACAUACAACUACGACGCAUUCGCAUGCGACUUGCAAGAAAAACCUCCAUCCUAUUUAUACUGUUAGUGCGAAUUUUUGUUCUGUCUUAAUUUGCAAAGGUAGCUUUAAGUUGUUGGUAUUUCGUAAGCAAAGCCUUUGUUUACUUUGUACUAAAAAACAAAUCGGUGCCAAGGUGGUGCCAAGUGAAGCGCGGUGGCGGGUACGCAAAAUCAAUUUGCACUUGCUGCCGUUUCACACUGCGAAGUGCGCGCUUCGUGACUGUUAAAAAAGCUGCAGCUAUAUACAUUAUUGUUUAAUUUUCAGAUACAGAUAUUUUUUCUUUAGUUCUAAGGUUUAUUUUAGCUAGGGCACCUUUUUUGUAUACCAACCUAUUAAGUCUCUCGUUUAGUUUUGUAGUGCAUACUUUUGUAAAUAUUUAUUCUUGUUGUUCGUUGCGGAAGAGAUUGAUGAUGAUAAUUAUGAUUAUUAUGGUAAACGUGAUGUGAUCAUUUUAUGAGCUAUAUAUAUAUAUUUAUAUAAUAUUCAACAACACACAUUUAGCUAGUGC